GGCGAUCAAGCGGAGGACAUUGCUGCCACGAACGACAGCACAAUGGGGCCGCUCUUUCCAGCUGUAUGGAUCACGCUCGCUUCUGCCACGAUCAGUGCUUCACUCAACAUCCGCGUUCCCAACAUUGUUUCUGUCGAGGUUAACGGACCUAGAUACGAUUGCAGGUGCUCACCUGAAGAUGCCUGCUGGCCUGACAAGGCGGCAUGGGAUGGCCUGAAUGCAACAGUGAAUGGAAAUCUCCUACGGCACAUUCCACCAGCUGCCGUUUGCUACAAUGAGUUCAGAGGGAUUCCGACCUACAACAAGGCCGCCUGUGAUGAAGCCACAUCCAUGUGGAAGGACGAAAGAUGGCAUUGUACGAUGGGCUACUACCCGGAGUUUGUGAUCAUGGCCAAAACUAGGGACCACAUUAAAGCUGGGGUCGACUUUGCUAGAAGUCGCAACAUUCGGCUGGUCAUGAGAAACACUGGUCAUGACUUCGAGUCUAGGAGUGCAGGAGCAAGUUCGUUGGCAAUCAACACACAUAGCUUCAAGGACAUCAGCUUCACCGAUAAGUAUGAUGGACCUGGCGGGUACCGUGGGCCUACGAUCACUAUUGGAGCAGGCGUGCAAGGUUAUGAGGUUAUCGACGCAGCACAUGCACAGAAUCCUCCACGACUCGUCGUCACUGGCGAAUGUGCGACUGUUGGUGUGGCUGGCGGCUUCAUCCAAGGAGGCGGCCACGGCCCCUUGACCAGCUUGCACGGGUUCGCCGCCGACAACGCCCUCUCAUUCGAAGUCCUCACGGCCUCUGGCAAUUUCAUCACUGCCAACGCGAAAUCAAACCCUGAUCUCUUUUGGGCACUGAAGGGAGGUGGUCCAGGCACGUUCGCCGUGGUACUCUCCGUGACCAUGAAGACGUAUCUCGAUAACACACCGACUGCCGGGCUUUUCCUAAACGUCAAUGCCUCCACUGGGGCUACAUUCUCACAAGCUCAGCGUGCAGCGGGCAUUAUCAACGAGCACGCCAACUACAUGGUUGAUAACGGGCUCUACGCAAUCUAUGAGCUUUAUGCGCCAGCGAUAUCCGGAGCCCUUCACGUUCAACCCAUCAUGGGCUUCAACUUGACUGCGAAACAACUCAGGACCACUGUCGCGCCGCUAUUCAAAGCCCUUGACGAUGAGAAAAUUCCUUACAAUUCAGGGUUUCUUGAGUAUUCCGAUUUUUACAGUAUUUACCACGAUAUCUUCGAGCCGGAGCAAGCUGCCCAGAAUGGCCUGACAGGCGGAUGGGUAUUCACCCACAAAGACAUGAGGCCAGAGAACCAAGGUGCCGUGGCCGAUGCCAUUGCACUAGCCUUGUCUCCACGGUCAGAUAUGCUAGGCAUAGUCAUCGGUCACAUAUUUGACCCUGGACACACAAUGACCAAGUCGCAAAGCGCAACGCACCCCCGAUGGAGGGGCGCUACGAUCCGCUUCAUGUCCGUCCUUGUACAACCCCUCGAUGCGACCUGGAAACAGAAAUUGGAAUAUCAUGAUGUGAUGGCAAAUGUUAUCACAGAGAAGUACAAGCAAGCUGCACCCAAUGGGUUGGCUUACGUCAACGAAAACUAUGCCUUCAUGAACAACUGGCAGGAUGCUUUCUGGGGCGAGAACUACCCAAGACUAAAGGCAAUCAAGAAAUCGUGGGACCCUCAAGGUGUCUUCUUUUCGCCCUCCACGCCUGGUACGGAAGAUUGGCACAUCACAGAUUAUGCCCACAGGCUUUGCAAGAAGCUGUAA